UUAUGAACAGAUAACAGUGGACUAUUCCUAUGUGGACUACUCUAAUUUGAAAAAACAUAUGUCGACUGUUCUCUUUACAUUUUGAAUGGGCAUUCUCAUACCAGCUCCUCAGAUUGUCAUCGUCAAUUCUUUCUUAAAUGAAGUAAAUUCUGGUUUCCCAUCUAAAGUGGAUGAGGACUGUCACUUCAGACAUGUCCAAUGACAGCUGCAACCUCCCCUUUGACACAGAUACAGUUGGUCUGACUUACAUCUACAGCCUGGUCUUUUCAUUGGGUCUACCCAGCAACCUGCUGUCACUUUGGGGGUUGUACCAACUGAGUCGCUCAGGUGGGGGUGGCUGCCAGCUGGUGUACAUACUGAACCUGCUGCUGUCUGAUCUGUUUCAGCUCCUCACCCUGCCCCUGUGGAUCGUCUACCUGCAGCGAGCUCACCGCUGGCCCUACGGAUGCCUCGCCUGCGAGCUGGUGGGCUAUGUUUUCUAUGUCAAUGUCUAUGCCAGUGUCAUGUUCCUGUGCCUGAUAGCACUGGACCGCUGCCUGGCCAUUGUGUACCCACUCUGCAGCCGCGGGAUGCGGACAGUGCGGAUGGCCGUUGUGUCAGGGGUGGCCGUAUGGACGGUGAUUUUCCUUUUCUGCCUGUGGGGGCUGUUGCCUUCAGUGUUUGACUCAGAGAGUCUACUGUGUCUGGAGAAGUACCCGGUCAGCCCCAGAUACGCCUGCUUUAAGAUUGCCACGGUGGCACUCGGGUUCAUGUUACCUUGUGCAAUACUAGGCUACACCUCUGCCCACAUUGGGGUGACGCUCCGACGAUCACCUUCCAUUUCUGACCAUGAGCGUCACAAAAUCGUGGGAAUCCUGAUCGUCAUCACUGUCAACUUCAUCGUGGUCUUUGGACCGUACCACCUGGUCGGCGGGUACAGAUUUCUGUCCUUGCUGCUGACCGAGGAACCGUGUGAACUGGAGCGCUCCAUUUUCCUCAUCUACCGACUGUGCUACGGCCUGACCAGUCUCAACACCCUGCUGGAUCCACUGUUCUACAUUUUCUUGUGUCCCGAUGCCCGGCUGGAGCUGCGAAGGUCCCUACCUUGCAUGGGACAGGGACACAAUACCCCUAAACAGGUCACCACGAACUCCAGAGCUCUCCCAGUCCAGAGAGCUAUUGCAGUGGGGUAGACUGUAACUGGACAAACGGGACAAGGUAUUUUGGGGUGAUGAAUUGCUUCAAAUUAGUUGAUGAUUGGGGUAGAGGAAAAGGCAGAGGAAGGAAGGAGGGGUAGAGAAAGAGAGACAGCCUAUCUCGCAGUGGCAUCUUGCAGAGCUCAUAGACUGCAUGCCACCUGCUAUUUGAUCAGUGCAAAAGAGAUGCAAUUUUGCCCCCCAGUGGAUAUGUUUUUUGUGCAAAGACGGAGUGCAAAGACUUAAACUGUUACUUACAAAACACUUGAGAUGGUUCCUCCCCAAAACUUCUGAGAAUAUGGUGUUUCAUGUACAACAAGAUAUACCUUGCUCAAAUGUCUGGCAUAAUAACCGUUGCUGUUUCAAGGCAGUGAAGCAAAACAAAGACAUCUUACAUAAACAUUCAGAAUUUAGCUGACCAGCUAAAUUCUGAGUAUGUUUCAAUGUGUCCUUGUAGAGUUCGAUCUGUUGAUGGGAACUAAGCUUUUUAAAGAUAUCUAUAUCUGUCACAUCUCAUAAAAAAUAGUUAUGUUUUACUGUGGUGUUUACAAAGAUUACAAGUUCAUGUUAGCCCGUGUUGCUUUUACAUCUGAGCUCAGUAAUUAUUUCAAGAAUGAAAGAAACAAUCAAAAAAAUCUUUACACAGUGCCAGUGGAGAGUCAGCAGCAUUUCCCCUCCCUGCAGCAAGAGAUCUAGCAUUUAACAACAAGCCUGUUUCUAUUUUCAAAGUCAGGAAAAAAAAUGACAUGCAUUCUUUUACAAUGAGAGUAUAUAUGGAUUUGUUUCCAGUAAGUAUGCUGAAAGAAAUUACAAUAAAACUGUCUGUAUCACUGUUUUAAAAAGGGUAUGGACGUUACAUGAAUGGACAUUAGACAAAAUCUUUUCAUUCCCACUUAGAAGCCACAUCUUGAUCAGUACUUGCAAAUGGCGUUCAAGAUAUGGUGAACUAUAUGGGUCUGUGGGCACAAUGGGUAUAUGCCUCACUUCAAGAUUUUAGUGAUAUGUUUGCAUUAUUCCGCAGAACAAUAGUUCUGCUGAACAAAACUAGUGCAUGCAUCUGUGGCUUGUGGUUUAUGCUCUUAUAAAGCAGUAUUUGUGUGACGUUGAUACACAUUUAAACUAUCAAACUGAAUAUCUGUAUAGUUCAUCUUCAACCAACAAAUAAACACCUGUUGAGCAAAAA